AUGGCGGCCACCAAAGAGGACACGAAACCCACCACCCAGAAGUUCUCCAAGGGGGAGAGGUCGAUACCGCACCACUCGCAGAAGGCGAGCAAGUACUAUCCUGCGGACGACGUUGCUGUUCCCAAGAAGGCACGCAAGACUCAGCACCCUGCUAAGCCCCGUCAAUCCCUCCAGCCUGGUACCGUCGUUAUCCUCCUUGCUGGUCGCUUCCGUGGCAAGCGCGUCGUUGUCCUCAAGCACCUUCCCCAGGGUGUCCUCCUCGUCACUGGUCCCUUCAAAGUCAACGGUGUUCCUCUGCGAAGGGUAAAUGCUCGCUAUGUUAUCGCCACUUCCACCUCGGUCGACAUCACCGGUGUAGACGAGAAGGUUUUGGAGAAGGCUAGCGAGGACGGCUACUUCACCAAGGACAAGGCUGCCCACAAGCCUGGUGAGGCUUCAUUCUUCAAGCAGGGCGAGAAGCCCGAGAAGAAGGAGACUUCCAAGGACCGUGUUGCCGACCAGAAGGCUGUCGACAAGGCACUCUUGGCUACCAUUAAGAAGGAGGCUCACCUUGCCGACUACCUCGGCGCCAGCUUCAGCCUUCGCAGCUCGGACAGGCCUCACCAGAUGGUGUUCUAA